AUGGCUUCCGGUCUCCCCAUCGCCACAGUAUACGUGCGAAAUCUAGAAGAACGCGCCAAGAUCGACCAGCUGAAGGAUGCGCUGCUUCAGAUCUUCUCCGAGUACGGCAAUGUCCUCGACGUUGUCGCAAAGACGAAUUUGAAGGCCAAGGGCCAGGCCUUUGUGGUUUUCGACAACCCAGAGUCCGCGCGCAAAGCGAUCGACGAAGUCCAGGGCUUCGAACUGUUCGACAAACCUAUGCAGCUUGCGCUGGCACGAACUAGGAGCGACGCGACAGUCAAGACUACGGGUAACGAGGAAGAAUUUGAGCUACACAAACGUCGUCGACUAGCUGAAAAGGGUACGGUUAUCUUCUCCAUCUUUGGCUUUCUCUUCGCUAACCUCAUCACCACUACUUCAGACAAGAAGAAGGCAUACGAGGCUGCUGAAGAGCAGAAGCGGCUUAAGAGACCUGGCCCAGGUGGUGCCGGCCCGGAUGCCAAUCGACCAGCCAAGGCUGCCCGCGGCGCUGGCCUCAAGUCCACGAAUCCCUCUGCAACCGCUGUCGUCCCAGACGAGUACCUUCCCCCGAACAAGAUUCUGUUCGUCCAGAACCUCCCGGAAGACUACGACAUCGAGGCUGUUACCAGCAUAUUUGGGCGUUUUGAGGGAUUCCGUGAGGUUCGUCUGGUUCCAGGUCGUCGUGGUAUAGCCUUCGUGGAGUACGAGGGCGAACAGGGUGCUAUCACAGCAAAGGAGAAUACCGCCGGCAUGGUUCUUGGAGAUUCGCACACGAUUAAGGUCACGUAUCAGCGCCAAUGA